UGCAAUUCCCCUUGACAUUCACUCUUAUCGAUAGCCUGCCUAUUUCGCCGUCUGACUCCAAGAGUCGUCUGUGCGCCGCCAAGCUGCAUCCCGCGCAACCAUCCCACCUUCCGACCACCGACCACCGACCAUGGACCGAAAUUUUCCCCCACCAGGCUCAGCUCCAGCUCCAGCGUUCGUUCCAGCUGCACCGCUCGAUCUUCCAUACCUCCAAGUCCUCGGUCCCCCCAAUAUGCGUGGUGCCAUCGUCUUCAGCGGCUCGUCGCACCCCCAGCUUGUCGAUGGCAUCUGUGACAGGCUUGGCGCGAAGGCUGGUUCUGCCCACCUCACCAAGUUCGCAAAUGGCGAGACCUGUGUGCAGAUUCACACUUCGAUCCGAGACCAGGAUGUAUUCAUCGUGCAGAGCGGGAGCGAGAAAAUCAACGACUCCGUCAUGGAGCUGCUCAUCAUGAUCUCUGCCUGUAAGGGCGGCUCGGCCAAGUCCAUCACAGCUGUCAUGCCGUACUUCCCCUACUCCCGCCAGUCGAAGAAGAAAUCGCAUCGCGGCGCCAUCACCGCCCGCAUGGUCGCCAACCUCCUCCACGUCGCCGGCGUCCACCAUGUCAUAACCAUUGACCUGCACGCCUCCCAGAUGCAGGGCUUCUUCAAGUGCCCAGUUGACAACCUCGUCGCCGAGCCCCUCCUCGCCCGGUGGAUCCGCGUCAAUGUCCCGAAUUGGCGAGAGGCGGUCGUGGUGAGCAAGAACCCGGGCGGCACAAAGCGUGUCACCUCUCUUGCAGACGCGCUAAAGCUCAGCUUUGGCAUCGUGACCACAGAUAGGCGUAGGGCAGCGACGUCGGUGCGCUGGAACGAGAGUGCCAUAUAUGAGCGGCUGGGUCUCGACGGGUCUUACGACACCACGGGCCUUGUGGAAGCCACUUUUGAUGUAGACGCACACAUCACGCCGCUUAGCAGUCCGUCGUACAAUCCGCGCGCAGAGUUGGGUAAGCCAAAGCCUCGGGCACACGCAGGGUCGACCCCACUCCAGCGACGGUCAGUGAACGGGGAGGCUCUUUCAAGCCCAUUGUCGAAGUCGACGCGUAUCAACUCGGUAACGGAACCAGAAGCGCCGCGAGAGGAUCUCAGGGUAAGCACCGCAGGCAGUGACAAGGGCGAGGAAGAGAGCGGAGAUGAGUACACUGAUGAGCGUGCUCGAGACGUCAUCCACGGUCGCCUCGUUCACGGACAUAUCGUUGAUGAAAACCACCCCUCCCCCGCCAUGUCAGCCGUCUCAAGCUCGACGUACCACCGGAACCGCCCACCAUCCGACGGCGAGAACGAUGCCGUUCCCGACCACAUGAUGUCUUCCUUUAUCUCCACCACAUCUUCCCUCCACCAACCGAGAAACUCCGAGCACGCCCUUGGCGGAACAGUCGAUGCCGCGGCAUCUUCGGAAGAAGAGGAAGAGGACCUGAAGAACCCUGAGCUGGAGACCAUGGUCACUUUGGUUGGCAACGUCAAAGAUCGGCCGGUUUUCAUUGUCGACGAUAUGAUUGACAAAUCUGCGUCCUGGAUUGCCGCAGCGGAAACCGUCGUGAAGCGAGGCGGGGCGACAAAAGUAUACUGCAUGGCCACCCACGGUCUUUUUGGCGGUGACUGCCUUGAAGAGAUGUACUACUGCGAAUGUAUCGACAAGAUUGUGGUCACAAAUGCAUUCCCAAUCCCGGAGAGGAAACAAGCAGAGGCGAGGGAGAAACUUGUUAUUCUUGGAGUUGAUAAUCUCCUGGCUGAAGCAAUUCGUCGGAAUCAUCACGGUGAGAGCAUCUCUCAGCUUUUUAUGCACAUAGAUUGAGAGCGGCUCAAGACUUUGGGUAAUUGGGUAAUUGUUGUAAAGCUACGGCCUAGGGCUGGGUGGGCUUCUAGCUUCAUGGUGCGAUUAGCAAGGCGCUAAGGUAUUCACAUCGGAGGCCAUGGCGUUAUUUGGUUAUUAUCUAAGAAGGUUAGGUGGAUGGACGGCGUCUCGGAGGAAACCAUAGCUACAACUUGUAUCCGGUAUCAGACCAGUAAGUGCAAUAUGUGGGGAAAUCCAUUCAAUAAACAAAAUCACUCAUUUCUUUUCU